UAGAGUACAGGUUAGUAACGUCUGCUAACGCGUAAUAUAAAGUUGUUGAAAUGAGGAUUCUAUCGGAAAUCCCACUUAAACCGAAGUUUAGGAAACUUUAUGGUCAAACUUUGGGAUUCAAGAUAAGGUCGUUCAUGCUUCAAGCAUGGAAAGAGAUGCCAGAACUAGUGGCACUUACACCUGCGGUUUUCCUAUCCGCUGCAAUAGCAUAUUAUACAAUAUGGACCAGGGAUUUUACUAUACCGCCCAGAUAUUUCCGUGACAAUACCAUUUAUAGACCUGAUGAUCCUAGAGUCCCUCGCAUUAAUAGGAGUGACUCUAUAGUACUGGAACGACCGAUAACUGGUCAACACGGUAUGGACUAACGAGGUUAGUUCUUAUUGUCGAAGAGAAGAGGUUAUUAACAUUUUGAUUAUGUGUGUAUUAAAACUAAGCUAUUAUAGUCACGGAACUUUUAUGUACCAAUGUUAACCAAUAUAAAAAUAUCAAUAAAAGUUUCAUGUAUGUUAUAUGA